AUGGAUGUUGCUAAUAAUAACAAAGCAAUAAAGCUAAAAGCUAGGCACCAACUCGUUCAAGGCCGCGAGGUGGCCACUAAGCUUCAGCAUCUCCUCUUUCAACAUGGGUUGGGUCUUAACUCAGCGGAUGAUCUGAUGGCUAAAAUCUUGGGAUCUUUCAAUAACUCAAUCUCUGCUCUUGAUUCCUUAGAACCCAUCUCCUCCUCCUCCUCUCUUGUCACCGCCGUUGAAGGCUCUCAAAAUGCUUCCUGCGACAACGACGGCAAGCUUGAGGAUUCCGGUGAUAGUCGGAAAAGACUUGGACCCGUUAAGGGUAAAAGAGGAUGCUACAAAAGAAAGAAGAGAUCGGAGACGUGGACUGUAGAGUCGACCGUACUUGAUGACGCAUUUUCAUGGAGGAAGUAUGGACAGAAGGAGAUUCUUAAUGCCAUAUUCCCAAGAAGUUACUUUCGGUGCACACAUAAAUUCACUCAAGGGUGCAAGGCAACAAAGCAAGUGCAGAAGCUAGAGCCCGAAUCCAAGAUGUUCAACAUCACAUACAUAGGAAACCACACGUGUAACACUAAAGAAGUAUCACCCAAGAUCAAGCCUUGUGUUCAUCAUGAUGAGAUCAUUAUGCAUUCUGAAGAUAGUCCAAGUUUGACGACCACGAUGAAGGAAGAGGAAGAGAAUCAUCAUCAUGGUUCUUCCACUGAGAGUGACUUGCAAUUAGUGUGGCAAGAAAUAUUGGUGUGUGAAGAAGAACAUCUUCAGCAUCAUCAUGAGGCUAUUUAUGGUUGUGGUGAAACUAGUGUCAAUGGUUUGGAUUCCCCAGAUCUUUGGAGUUGGUAG